GCGGCUGCAUGAGCGCGUGCGCACGGCCGUUGAAGGGGUGGCGCGAGCGGAGAGUGGCCUGCUCUUUGCAAUGGCGGCGCCUGCGGCCUGGAUCUCGGUGCUGCUGCUCCUCCUCCUCCCGCUGCUGCUGCUGUUGAGCGGCCCUGCCGCCGGGGAGGAGAAUCGGCCCAAGGCCGGCCCGAAGAAGAAAAAGGACAUCCGCGAUUACAACGAUGCCGACAUGGCGCGGUUGCUGGAGGAGUGGGAGAAAGACGAUGAUAUAGAAGAAGGGGACCUACCAGAACACAAGAGAGCUUCGCCACCAAUAGACUUUUCCAAAAUUGAUCCCAGCAAUCCUGAAAACCUGCUGAAGGUAACCAAGAAAGGCAAGACCUUAAUGAUAUUUGUAACAGUGUCUGGGAAUCCCACUGAAAAGGACACUGAAGAGAUUACCAGUCUUUGGCAAGGCAGCCUGUACAAUGCAAAUUAUGAUGUUCAGCGGUUUGUUGUUGGUUCUGAUCGUGCCAUAUUUAUGCUACGUGAUGGAAGCUAUGCUUGGGAGAUUAAAGACUUCCUGAUAAAUCAGGAGCGCUGUGCAGAUGUUACUGUUGAAGGACAGACAUACCCCGGAAAAGCAGCAGAGAAAAAGAAGAAUGAAAUCAAGCCUGAUAAGAAAAAAGAUGCAGCAGUUUCUCAGAAAGGCAAUCGAGCAAAUAAAAAUGAACUAUGACAUAGUUGAAUUAGAACAUAUUCAAAAUGAAUAGAAGAAAUUAUUUUUUUGUAUUAGUUGGUCUUUUGAUGUUGAGAAUUAUUAUGGAACUACUGUUGAAUCAGUGGUGCUGGUUUUUACAGUUCACCAAGUCUUUAGGUGAUGAAACUGCAGUGUGAACUUCACCUCACAGUGAUUCCAAAUAUACAGGCAUUUCAUUGUUUGAUUGCAAGUUGCAACCUUUUAAAAAGGCAAGAAUGGAAUUGCCACUGUACAAUUGUUAACAUAAGUCACAUUUGCUUCCAGUAUCUUUUAUCACAGCAUUAAAUAAGGUUUCUCUUCAUUUUGUACGAAUUGACACUUGACUUAAUACAAUUUUCUUCUGUGAUUUAGGUACUAUUUUGAAACUGUUAUUUUUUGAGCAGAGUUGUGGUUUCUAAAUUCAACAUGAAAUUCUGAAAAAUGCAGCAAGCAUAUGGUCAAUAUUGCAGUGUUAUGUAUUAAUUUCAGGAUAUUUCUGACAAUACUUGGGCAAGUUCUGUACUCUGUUUAAAUGUCUUCACUGUAAUAUCAGCCUUUUGUCUUUACUCAUCUGAUUCUCUCCUGUAGCCAUGGUAUAUUUGUCUAUUUUCUGCUGGCAGCAACAAAGCAAUUCAAUUAUCAGUGAUUUCAGUUUUUUUCGAAGAAAAGCACUCAAAUUUCGAUACCACUUUUGCCUAAACUGUAGAACUGUUUAAUUUUUUUUGUAGACAGAAGUUCCAACUCAACCUUGUGUGUUUGUAUAAUUGUUAUUCAGUUGCUGUAGAAAGUUGUUCAGAGCUUUAAGAAUGUUGUCUGACAUCUUCCUGCUUGCACUGUACCAGCUUUUACAAUGCUGUUGCUUUUACAAUGAGUUAGACGAUCAUUGUACUGAAAUUUACUGAUAAAAUCUCACUUGCUCAAA